CAUUCUCUACUUUUGGAUUUGAUUUCUCCUCAACAUUUCCCUCUUGGACAUCGUCUCUUUUAUCCCUUUUUUUUUGUUUUGGUGCUCAUUUUGGUCGAACUCUUCUCUUUUCUCUCAAUCUAUUGAGCUUGCGGGGUUUUUCUUCUUCUCCUUCACAUCUUCGCUUUUGAAGCACUAACUGCGAAAGUGAUAAGGAGGAAUGAGAUUUUUGUUGUAGAGCUAAGAGAAUAAGGAGAAGCCUUUGAGUGGUAGUUGUUGCUUAUAUGGAAGAUAAUGGUGGGUUAGGUAUUCGAAGUUGGGGUUUCCCCAACCAAUCUUUGAAGGAGAACCGAGUCCUGCAGUUCAUGUCGGCAGUAGAGCGGGAGAAGGGCCUCAUGCCGCCAGAUCGCAAAUCCGCCGUUCGCGCUGCGGCCCGUCCUGGCAACGGGCAGUUCGUUGACCGGAGCAGCUCAGUUCCGGAGUACACUACCUCGCACGCUGUCCCCGCCGAGUUCUCGAGGGAGGCUUGGCUGCGCCAGACCGAUCUUCAGUGCAUGGCUGCGGCAAAUCCGAAGCUCUUCCACCCGUUGUCUACCAGUUCGAACUAUGGUGGGAAGGAUUUGGCGGGUAACUUGCAGGAGAAUGCAGCGACCAAAGCGCUGCAGGUUGGGGGCUCCGCUGCGGUCAAGCAGGAAGCCCUGCAGGAAGGGGCAGCUGGCGAUGGGGAUGACAUGUUGAAGGAGAGCCCGUCAGAAAAGCGGCAGAAGCCCAAGGCACCGCAGGCGAAGAAGGCGAGAACGAAGGUGACGUUGGUGAAGGACGAAGUGAACGGGCCUGCCUCUACUCAGAAGACUGGGAAGAAGAAUCCUGGAGUGGUCGUGGACGGAAUUACUUUGGACCUCUCGUGUAUUCCCAUACCAGUUUGUUCAUGUACUGGUGUAGCUCAACAGUGUUAUAGAUGGGGUUCCGGUGGCUGGCAGUCGGCCUGCUGUACGACAAGUAUAUCAAUGUACCCACUGCCGAUGAGCACGAAGAGGCGCGGCGCUCGGAUAGCUGGAAGGAAAAUGAGCCGCGGAGCUUUCAAGAAGGUCUUAGAAAAGCUUUUGUCGGAAGGGCAUAGCUUGUCUAAUCCGGUUGACCUAAAGAGUUACUGGGCCAAGCAUGGUACUAACAAGUUUGUUACGAUCAGGUAAAAGGCCAGAUGAUUGAUGUUGUUGGUAUGUCCAUUUGAUAUCCUGUAGGCCUCUAGGAUGAUGCAUCGGACGCUUAUGGUUGUACAUACAUCUACUAUAUACAUUAGGCCCUUUUGUGGACAUGGCUUUUGAAUUAGUUCUGUUACCCUGUGUGUUGGUAAUGUUGUUGUUAUACUGUUCUGAUGCUAAAGCCAUUCCUUCGUUGUUGUAUUUGGACUUCAUGUAAGUUUUUCCUUUCUCCUCCUGAGAUUGUUCAUGCUCUGUUGUGAAAUGAAUACAGAUAUAUUCAUGCA